GCGUGGAGAGCUGUCCACAUAACGUGGUGCUGAAACCCCUCUCCCCGACCCACUCAACGCUGCCUCUCGCUCCUGAAUUCCGCAGCCAGCAACUUCCAGCCAUGGCUUUCAUGGUGAAGUCUAUGGUCGGGGGCCAGUUGAAGAACUUGACCGGUGGACUGGGAGGCGAGGAGAAGGGAGAAGGGGAGAAAUCGGACGCCGCAGCUCAAGGGAUGACGAGAGAGGAGUUUGAAGAAUAUGAGAGUCAGCUGUUGGAAGAAAAGAUGGAGCGUGAUGCCAACUUUGCUCAGAAGAAGGCGGAGCGGGCAACAUUGAGGACGCACCUACGAGGCAAGUAUCGGCUCCCGAAGAGUGAAAUGGAUGAGAACCAGAUCCAAGUGGCUGGAGGCGACGUGGAACUGCCGAAGGAGUUGGCGAAGAUGAUCGAACAAGACAACGUGGAAGAGGCGGAGAAGGAUUCCCUGAUGGGGCAGCUGAGCAACAUCCAGAACCUUGAUCUGGACAGCUUGAAGGACAAGGCUCAGGCAACCCUGGAAGACUUCAAACAAACGGCAGAGAAAUGCUGUGUCAUGUGAAAACCACAACAACUGGGACUGAUCUUCACCUUUCACCGCAACUUAACACCGCGAAAAUGCGAAUUUCCCCGCCUCCUUAUUAAACACAAACCUGAACGUUAAACUCCUGGUGAAGUCCAUAUGUUAGUUGGGUUGUCACAGGUCUAAAGCCUUCACUUUGUACAAUAUAUCUGUCAAUGAG